AUGAGCUCCGGCCCUUCUGUCUCUGCCCCUCGCAGGGGAAAGAAGCGGUCUCACUCAGAAGUUAGCACGCUGACUCCACAGCCACAGCCACAGCCAUCGUCCCAGACGCUGAAGGCUCCGGCCCAGCCCAAGGAGACUAUUGACCUCACCAUGUCGGAUGAAGAGGUGCCACCCACCGUGUCAUCGGGCAGCCGAGCAACCAGUACCGAACCCCCUAUAAAAUUCUCCCUGAGGCCAGUGUAUCAAAUGAUUGACCUAACGCUAGAGUCCGAUGAAGACAAGGACGUCAUUGGCGGCAUGCACGCAAAGUCCAACCCUGACCCCAAAGGCAAGGGCAAAGAGGUAGUAGUCGAGAAGAAGAAGAAGAUGUCCGAAAAGGAAAUCAAGCGAAAGGCACAGUUGGACCACAUGGCCAUCAUGUUCACCCCUGCUGAGGCUAUUGCUGCACUUGCCAACCCAAAGCCGUUUGAUAUCGUGUAUGAUUUCAAGCCUGGUGAGCGCAUCACGUGCCCGAUUAAGAGGUCGCAUUAUAUAGCUUCUCUGGGUCGGUAUUUGCCUCCUGUUGCUGAAGGUAUGCCGUGUGAGCCCGAGGGCAUGAUGUCUGCUGCCAACAAGAAGGAGUCUACCGAGGACAAGGACAAGGGCAAGGGCAAGGGCAAGGGCAAGGCUCCUGCUGCUGAUGACAAGGCGUCUGAGGCUGAGAACAAGGAGUCUGCCAAGGACAAGGGCAAGAGCAAGGGCAAGGCUCCUACUGAGGGUGAGGGAUCUACUCAGGGUAUGACUCCUGAUUCCGACAAGUAG